GGCGAGUUCCUCCUACUCCUGGAUCUCCUAACUCUCUCUCAUUCACUCAUUCACUCUGUCUUUCCCCUCCCUCCACGCCUAUUCUCCUCUCUCCUAUCCUCUCUCUUAGUCUGUGACACUCUUUGGCAAGUAGAGCAUGACUCCCCAUGCUGUACAUCUGCCACUGAUCUGAGACCUGUGAGGCGAGACUAUCUCUACACGGCCCCACAGUGAUCCAAAAAGGACCACAGCAGCCUGGGAUCAGGAAUUAAAGUGCACAUCUCCAGGCCAGGAGGAGUGAAAACCGGGUGAGAAGGAUAGAGGGUGACAGAACACGCUCAACUCAGUGACAGUAUGGAAAUGGAGAGGCUGGGGAGAGGAGGAACCAAACCGAGCGCGGGCCCCAACACUCUCCUGAAAGCCGCCCUGGCAGUGUGUGUGUGUGUCUGCAUUGCACUACUGAUAGCCGUCAUCACGGUGUCACACAAAGCAAGCAAUGAAGACCUCUGCCUUACCCCACAUUGUAUUGAAGCAGCCGGUUCUAUCCUGAGUAAGAUGGAUCAGUCAGUAGAACCAUGUGAUGACUUCUACCAGUACGCAUGUGGAGGCUGGCUCCGGGAUAACCCCAUUCCGGAAGACUCAUCCAGCUAUGGGAUUUACCCAUGGCUCAGACAGAAUGUAGACCUCAAGCUGAAAGAGUUGUUAGAGGAGCCUAUCGGAGGUGAAGACAUUGAGGCAGUGAAGAAGGCCAAAAUCCUCUACACAUCCUGCAUGAAUGAAUCUAUCCUGGAGCUUAAGGAUGCCAAACCUCUGCUGGAGAAUCUUAAGCAGAAGGAAUUCCGCUGGCCGGUUCUAGGCGAUGCGUUGGGCCCUUCCUUGCGGUGGGUGGAGUCUCAGUUUAACUUGCUGGAGACACUGGCGCAGAUACGCAGUCAGCACAGCAAAUCCGUCCUUAUCCGGCUUUUUGUCUCUCCUGAUGACAAGAACUCGAAUCAGUACAUAAUCAAGCUGGAUCAGGCCUCUUUGUCACUGUCAUCCAGAGAAGAUUACAUCACCAACACAACUGAGGCACAAAUGUAUCGAGAAGCUCUUUUAAGGCUGAUGGUUGACGUUUCUGUCAUGCUUGGAGCCAAUGAGCAGGCUGCUGAGGCUCAGAUGAAACUGGUACUUGAUUUCGAAAUGAAACUUGCACAGAUUGUGAUUCCCUAUGAAAACCGCACCAGUGAGAACAUGUACAACAAGUACAGUUUGUCUAAACUGCACCGCACUGUUCCAGAUUUUAACUGGCUGGGUUUUGUCAAAGCAGUGAUUGACACUGAGCUGUACCCAGACCUGAAAAUCUCCUCUUCGGAGCAGGUGAUCGUACGUGCUCCACAAUACUUUAAAGACCUCUUCAAACUCAUCAACGUCACAGAAACCAGGACAGUUGCCAAUUACGUCAUAUGGAGAUCAGUUUUGUCCCGAAUCACCACCUUGAGCCGACGCUUUCUCUACAGAUACCUGGACUUUGCUCGGGUUACCACGGGGACCACCUCUCUGACCCCUCGCUGGGACAAGUGUGUAAAUUAUGUAGAAAACACACUCAUCUAUGCCACCGGUAGGCUCUUUGUCGAUAAGCAUUUCCAGGAGGACAAGAAACACAUGAUGGAGGAAUUGAUUAAUGGUAUCCGGUGGGCGUUUAUCGACAUGCUAGAGAAGGAGAAUGAAUGGAUGGAUGAGGAAACAAAGAGAAAAGCAACAGAUAAGGCUCACGCAGUCUUGGCAAAAGUGGGUUACCCAGACUUCGUCUUAAAUGACACCUAUAUUAAUGAGGACAUCAAACGAUUGUCAUUCACGCCGACGGACUACUAUGGGAAUGUCAUGCAGACCCUGAAGUUCAUAGCUCAGACUGACAUCGGCUGGCUGAGGAAAACAGUCCCACGCACAGAGUGGUUCACCAACCCAACUACAGUAAAUGCAUUCUACAGCUCCUCUACCAACCAGAUCAGAUUCCCUGCGGGAGAACUUCAGAAGCCAUUUUUCUGGGGACUAGACUAUCCUCGAUCAUUGAGCUAUGGAGCGAUCGGUGUAAUUGUGGGGCAUGAAUUGACCCAUGGAUUUGAUAACAAUGGCAGAAAAUACGACAAAAAUGGGAACCUGGACCAGUGGUGGAGCAACACCUCCAUCACCCGCUUCAACGAAAAGACACAAUGCAUGAUUGACCAGUACAACAGCUACUACUGGAAGGAGGCGGGGCUAAAUGUCAAGGGGAAGAGGACACUAGCAGAGAACAUGGCUGACAAUGGAGGGAUAAGAGAAUCUUUCAGGGCCUACAGGAGAUGGAUCGAGAAAGAGAGAGGAGGAGUCGAGGAGCCUCUCUUACCUGGUGUGGGUCUGAACAAUAACCAGCUGUUCUUCCUCAGUUAUGCCCAUGUUCGCUGUAAUUCCUACAGACCAGAAGCAGCACGUGAUCAGAUCCAAAGUGGAGCUCACAGCCCUCCUAAAUAUAGGGUUAUAGGGGCGAUGAGCAACUAUGAAGAGUUCCGUAAAGCUUUUAACUGCCCCGAGACGUCAAUCAUGAACAGGGGGGCGGAGUCCUGUCGAGUGUGGUAAUGAAAAUAAGGACCCUGUGAAGAUUUCAAUCACAGCACAACCCAAACCUCCUUAUUUUGUCCCAUUCACUGGUUUCUAUAGAGAAACAGCGGUUACUAACACUGAACCCCGGGGCCAUGCUGACCACUGCAGUGCCCGGCCCUCCUUCAGCCACUGGAAUACUGCACUCACCUGAAAGCUUUCGGCCAGAUCUGCGUUUUACUGUCUGACCUCAAUUAUAAUGUGCAAAAGGCAAACGGACCACAAAAAUUCCUAUGAGGCCUUCCUUUGGUUCAUCACUGUUUUUUACUCAAACAAAUUAGGUCGCACUGUUGCUUUAAGAGUGCUAUAAAUUAUUAUUGCCAUUUUUGUUGUUGUUGAUAACAGUUUGUCUGUCAUUUUAGCAUUGUCUGUCAUUUUAUUUUAUUGAACACUUAAGUAAAUAGUUAUUGUUUUCCUGA